CUCAGUGCCUUGUGGCUUCUCGUCUAGGCCCUCCCAUGUGCGGCUUGGCUGUCAUCGUCGGCAGGUAGUGUACGCCUCUCCCAUCUAUCUGAAGUUCAGCUACGAUGACAUGCCAUUAUCUCCAAAGUCUAGGGCAGCCGGCCGAAAACUGACAGGUCGGAGCAUGUUAACUAGCUCAGCUCAACUAGGACGUGCAAUGCCCAGCAAAAUGUGGCAGGCUGCCAGCUACCCACGAUUCACACAAUCCCAUCCACAGUGUUUUGACCCGUCCAUCUUCCUACCUACCAUGCCGUAUGGCGUAGAAAGUAUGGGCAGCUCUUUGGUUAGGUGCCGUUCCCAGCAUCUAUCCAUCUACGGUUAUGCUGCACUCUAUUUGCCGACGACGAGCUCCGUCGAAUCCGCCCUAGGAGCGUUUCGAUUCUAUUCUCUGUACCCUCCUCCUCCACCAUGCCCGUUUCUUGCGAUUCUUGGCCUCGCCCUCACAUCCCCAAUGCCCAUCCCUCGCACGAAUCUCGAUGACGGAUCGUUCUUCAGAGAAUCAAGAAAAUCCCAUACAACUCAAGACUCCAGUCAGGUACGAAUGGAUCCUCAUACGACCCGGUAGCCGCACAUGCCUCGCACCACGUCGCGUGCUCCAUCUAAUUGACCUCCUGCGUGCUUGCAUAGUUAUGGAUACCGUGCUCCAGUUCGGAGCGCUGUUCCUUGCAAAAAAGAGACAACUCGCACACCUGAGAAGUGAGAACAGGUUGUGUGCUGUCUUGGCCAAGCCAGGAGAGGCAGCGAGCUAUGGGGCAUUGGCAAAGCCGCAAAAGGCCUUACUUGCCUGGCUGGCGAGCGCAGGGGUCCAAGACAGAUGGACGGGCAAGGAUGGCCGACGUUUGGCCCGUGCUGCGGCUGCGAGUUCAAGAUUCGAAAAAAGAGUGCGAGAC